AUGACAUCCUCUUGUUUCACAGCUCAGCUUGCGCUCUGGCACGAGAUCGUCUCUAAAUUUCACGAGGAGACCAAGCCAGUGAACCAGCAUCUCGAUUUUAUUCGGAAGCGUUUCGAUGAACUUGACUCGGAAGGUUUCAUUUGGUCCAAACAAUCAAUCCUUGGGAUCUUUCUUCAACUCGGUCUAUCAGAAAGCCCUAUUGACUCUUGCGCAUCUGUCAGCCAAAUACCCGAAUCCCAUGUUCACGGAAAGGGUAAAAUUCCAUUUGAUAGAGUUGAAGAAGAUAUCGGAGACAAGGGACUGCGAAACAAAUCGCAUGCUGUAGGUCUCAUGGAUCUACCGAUCGAAGUCUUUAACAACAUACUUGAAGCGCUUGAUUUCCUGGCUAAGUUCGAAGAAUCGCAAAUAACAUCCCAAAAGCAAUCAGGCCAGGUGAUUAUCAGUGACUAUCUAGGUCAUCGAGAGCGAUAUACGACCUACUUGCACCGAAAUUCACCAAUCUUGAAUACUUUUCAAACCUUUUCGCUGACUUCGCGUGAGAUAUACAGACGUUGUGAACCAUGGCUAUGGCGAAAACUAGAGCUCCCUUCUAGCCUACCAGCGCCAAUAGAUCUAUGGACAGGAGAUAUCCUCCUCAAACGAGGUUCUCAUGUUCGUUCUCUAGCACUCACACUCUCCGACAACUGCAAGAAACCUCCUGGCGAAUUCAGCUAUGACCCCUUUUACGAUAAUCUAAUACUUGAGGACGAACAUGUCCCUCAGCCAAUCUCACCACAGAAUGUAAGAGAUUUGAUCAUUCGGUGCCCAAACAUUUCUACGCUGGAUCUUCGUUAUGAAUAUGACGAAGACAAUGAAGACGUGGGUAGAACAAAUGCUUUCCUAUCAGAUCUAGUUCCACUCUUAUCAAGUCUUAAACAACUCCAGAACCUGGAAUUAGAUGGUAGACACAACACAACAAUGAUGACAGACUUUCCGGCGAAAGUUGUUGGUAGUCUACCAUUGCUCAAGUCGCUUGCAAUCUGGGUACCUACAUCAUCUGGAGAUUCCCAAAAAGUUGGUGAUGCGUCCUUGGGAUUCAAUCUAUCCAAACUUCAAUUUCUAUCACGACUGGAAUUGUUCUCCAAUGAAGAUAUAGAUGAAAAAUGGUGCCUCCAUGAUUGGCCAAGGACAAUCACAUAUCUUGAACUUAGUAGAUGUCGUCAAUUAUCAUUCAGUUCGGCACUCAGGAUCAUCCACCACAUUUCACCUUACCUGACCACACUCAAGCUUAACACCAACGAGCAAGAUGAUAACAGCUUUGAAAUCGACUCUACCUGGGAUCCUCCAAGUCAUCUAGGGUUUCCAUUUCUAACCACCCUGGAGCUUUCUACUCGCGAGCCUCGUUCUCUGCUCAGCUUUCGAGAAUGUAAAACUUUACUCAAUCUUGAAUGGCACUGUACGACAUUAGAACAUUGCAGGUCCCUGGAGGCAAUCCUAUGGAAAGCUACCUGGCCUCAUCUCAAGGAACUGAAUGCGUGCAUUUACCACCUUUCAAGGCUGUCUCAAGUUCAAUAUCAAGAAUGGAACGAUCGAUUAGUUUCGGUGGGAACAUUUUGCAAAAAAUACGAUGUGAACUCGGUCUUACGCGCGCUCGCAGCUAGUUGA